AUGUCGCUCGUGAAAAGGGUAGCCGUUAUCGGCGCAGGUCCGGCUGGAGCCAUUGCUGUUGAUGCGCUCAUGCAAGAAAAAGCAUUCGACGUGGUCCGGGUGUUUGAACGACAGGAGAAAGCCGGUGGUUGCUGGGUUUCGCGAGAGAAUGAAAAACACGUCCCUCUCGACAUUGAACGGUUAUCCAACCGGACCGCAGACCUACCGGUUGCUAUUCCAUCAGAUUUGCCCCGGCAUGCGCCUGCGCUCACGCAGCAUCGCUUCACCGAUUCGCACAUCUACCCGACGCUAGAGACCAAUGUCGAUGUCACGACCAUGUGUUACUCCCAGGAAUCGAUCCCGACCGUCCGCACAGACAGGACAGUAGCCCUCCACGGGCCGGACAGUCCAUUCCGCCACCACACCGUUAUCCGACAAUACGUGGAGGAUCUCCUAAACCGGAACGGAUACCAGGAUCUCGUUGAGUACAACACCACGGUGGAGCGAGCGACUAAGGACCCUCGCACCGGUCAGUGGGUGUUAGUAUUGCGACGCGCAGGCCAACCAGGCGGAUACGACUACUGGUGGAGCGAAACCUUCGACGCCUUGGUGGUCGCAUCGGGACACUUCUCAGUCCCGUAUGUCCCGGCCAUCGAAGGUCUGAAGGAGUUCACGGCACGGUAUCCUGAUCGCGUGGAGCACACGAAACAAUACCGUGGCCCGGAGAAAUUCCGCGGAAAGAAAGUCGUCACCGUCGGAGCGUCUGUCUCAGCAGCCGAUACGGCAGUCAGCUUAGUUGACUCCGCGCAAACACCCAUCUACUCCGUUGUGCGGGGCAGAUACAACCCCUACUUCGGCGACGAAGCCUUCAAGCACCCCAAUAUCAAGCGGGUGCCGUCCAUUGCGCGAAUCUGCAGCGACAACGGCGAGCGCACCGUGCAUUUCGAAGACGGGACCUCCGUAUCGGACGUCGACCACAUCAUCCUCGGCACCGGGUUCACCUGGACGCUGCCAUUCCUACCUGACCUCCCGCUGCGCAACAACCGCGUUCCCAACCUCUUCCUCCAUGUGUUCUACCAGCACGAUCCGUCCUUGGUAGUCGUUGGUGGGGUCGGAGCGGGCCUCACCUUCAAAAUCUUCGAAUGGCAAGCCGUAGUCGCAGCGCGGGUCCUAGCCGGCAAAGCCUGCCUACCGCCCCUAGAAGAGCAACAAAGAUGGGAGAACGAGCGCAUCGCCGCCAAGGGUGACGGCCCGGGUUUCCUGUCGGUCAACCCGGAGUUCGAGCCUUACUUUGAACACGUCCGUCGGCUGGCGGGGAACCCCGCGGAGGGUCAACCCGGUCGGAGACUGCCUCCCUUCGAGCAGUCGUGGGUGGAUGACUUCAAUAGUGGGCACCAGCGACGUAUUCGCAUGUGGCGGCGGUUGAAUGCGGUGGGUAAGGAUAGUCGGCUGUAG